GUUUUCAACGUUCCUUCGCGAGCCCCGUAAAAUUUUGCAAAGUGACUGAAAAAACGUGGAUCCGCCUCACAUAAUGUCGAAAGCAGGCGAGGGGCAGGCCGCCGCGGCCGAGGGAGCGGUGGUUGCUGGCAACGGGAACGCUGAGCUGGCCCAAGAUGCGGGCGGCGAGCAGCAGCAGCAGCAGCAACAACAACAGCCCACCCGCAUGGAGUCCUUCUUCGCAAUGACCAAGUCGCUAAUCCUGCGCGCCCUCAUCAUCUACUUUGUGAGCUCGUUCUUCCGGCGGCCUCAGCCGACCGCCGGUCCGCAGGACAAGAGCGUGGCCAAUGCAGGACCAAAGAUCACGGCCUGGAACUUCUUUGAGAACGGCACGGACUUUGACCUGCACGUGUGGCUGUCGGAGGAGCCGGAUGUGGUCAACUUCCAGCAGAAGGCGAACCUACUGUGGCUGCAGGAAGACCUCACCUACGGCGACUGGACUUCGGGAGCCGCCGGCGACGGCAUCUACACGCACAGCCUUAAGCUGCGGGCCAGCCAGCAUGUGAUGAACAAUGGCAGCGUCUACCUGCACGCCUUUGUGACGCGAUCGGGCGAGAGUCCGGAUCCCCAGGCGCCCAACUACGCAAAGAACGGGCACAUGGGACACCAGCAGCACCAGCUCAACAAGUUCAAGAAGCUGCGCGUGAACCGCAACUACAAUCUGCUGGCCAGCGAGAAGGAGAAGCUGGAGCACGAGCUGAAGCAUGCGAAUCUCAAGGACACCAUCGUCUCACACUGGCAUCCCAAUCUCACGGUCAACCUGGUUGUGGACCAGACCAACUGGGCCCAGGGCUCGGUGCCGCCGCCGCUCGAUGAGUACGUAAAGUUUGUGGACGGCGGCAAGACAUAUCUGCCGAUAGUGUUCGUCAAUGACUAUUGGAACCUGCAGCGAGAGUACUUCCCGGUGAACGAGACCACGCCGGAGCUGGAGCUGCAUCUGACCUUCCAGCCGCUGGGCAUGUUCAAGUGGCAGCUGUACGCCGCCAAGCAGAUGAAGAACAAGUGGGCCGGCAAUAUGCUGGGCGAUCUGAUGGCCGCCAGCCAGCCGGAGGAGAGUGACGAGGACCAGGACUCGCUGAAGGAGACGCUGCUGGACACGAACAUCUACCUGCUGGGCAUCACCGUGGCCGUGUCCAUCCUGCACUCGGUGUUCGAGCUGCUGGCCUUCAAGAAUGACAUUCAGUUCUGGAACAAUCGCAAGUCCCUCGAGGGUCUGUCGGUGCGUUCGGUGUUCUUUGGGGUCUUCCAGUCGCUGAUCAUCCUGCUGUAUGUGCUGGACAAUGAGACGAACUUCAUGAUCCGCAUCUCGUGCGUCGUGGGCUUGGGCAUCGAGGUGUGGAAGAUCCACAAGGUGGUGGACAUCAACUACGAUCGGGAUCAGAAGCUGCUCGGCAUUCUGCCGCGCAUCACACUUAGCGACAAGGGCUCGUACUCGGAGAGCUCCACCAAGGAGUACGACAAGCUGGCCUUCAAGUAUCUGGGCUGGGCCUGCUUCCCGCUGCUGGUGGCCUACUUUGUCUACUCGCUGAUCUACAACGAGCACAAGGGCUGGUACUCGUUCGUGCUGAACAUGCUCUACGGCUACCUGCUGACCUUUGGCUUCAUCCUGAUGACGCCUCAGCUGUUUAUCAACUACAAGCUCAAGUCGGUGGCCCACAUGCCGUGGCGCAUGAUGACCUACAAGUUCCUCAACACCUUCAUCGACGACAUCUUUGCGUUUGUCAUCAAAAUGCCGACCAUGUAUCGCCUUGGCUGCUUCCGCGACGACAUCAUCUUCUUUGUGUUCCUCUACCAGCGCUGGCAGUAUCGUGUGGAUCUCAAGCGUGUCAACGAGUUUGGCUUCUCCGGGGAGAUGGAGCAGGAUGCCAAGAAGGUGGCUGGAGCGACACCUAAUGGAGCCAUCGAAGCACCAGGCGCAGCCACAGAACCGGCAGCAGCAGCAGCAACGCCAGUGACCAAAAAGACAGCCGCACAAAAGAAGCGGGACUAAAAAGGGGGAAGGGAUCCGCGGUUGGGGGGGUUGUUUUUGGGAACAUUAGCAUUAGCAAUCCCCCAUAUAUACUCCCCCGAUAUUGUAUGUAAUCACUCCAGUAUACAUAGUCAAGGUAACUAAGACCCAACUCAACUCAACUCGACCCAACCCCAACCCCAGCUAGCAUCAUUCUUAGGGCUAAUUGUAUGUACUUUAACGUAUGUAUGUUUGUUUUGUGUUUUUUUCGCUCCUUUCCGCAGCGUUGGAAGAUCAAAUAAAUUAAGUGUGAGACAAAAA